CGACUCAGCAAGCAAAAGAAGAAACCAGAAAAAUCAGACACCCAGAUUUCACAUUCUCUACUACAGACUUCCAGAGAUGGUGAAGAGAGACAGAGAGGACACGGAGGUCGAAGCCCUGGCCAGGGCCAAUUGCUUGAUGCUCCUCUCCCGUGUUGGCGAGAGCACCGACUCGGCGUCGCCGGACCGCAAAUCGCACCCUACAGAGCGAAUGUUCGCGUGCAAGACUUGCAACCGCGAAUUCUCCUCGUUCCAGGCGCUCGGAGGGCACAAAGCCAGCCACAAGAAGCAAAAGCUGAUCUCCGGCGAUCUCUUCCACCUCGGCCACGCAGCAGAUUCCUCGCCGGCCAAGCCAAAGACGCACGAGUGCUCGAUAUGCGGCCUCGAUUUCCCGAUGGGCCAAGCCCUCGGCGGUCACAUGAGGAAGCACAGGGCGAACAUGCUGGAAAUCUUGGCAGCAGCGGCCGCAAAGCCUGUGCCAGUGUUGAAGAAAUCAAACAGCAAGAGAGUCACGGGCUUGGAUUUGAACUCGUUGCCGAUGGAGGACGACUUGACCUUGCGUUUAGGAAAGGCUGCGCCGCCUUUGGUGCUUGAUCUCGUUUUGUAGGGCUUAGAAGGUAGACUGUGUACAGAGCAGUUUUUAGUCGGUGCCUGGCCAUUUCUUUUUCUUUUUUUUUCCUUCUUUUUUGUAUUCAUUGAUUGAUAUUUUGAAUCAGAGACUGGGUUUCGCAUGGAUAUUAAUUUGUUUCAUGCGCGCAUAUUGUAUUUGAACGAGAGGAGUGGGGGGUAGAAUCUACCCGGUAGA